AUGUCUAGGACGGCAAAGAGCCGCAUCCCGAGUGGAAAGAAGCGCCAAGUCUUCAACAACAAUAUUGAGAAGCAAAUCUACAAAGACGCAACUCUUCACAAGGCUGUUCCGAACCACCGAAAUGUGAAUAGAUUUACUCUCUACUACGCUCAUCAUAAUAUUGCUCGGAAGCAGUGGGACUUCGAAACAAAUAUGACUCACAUGAAACGAAAUAUUACUCUCGAUAUUCGUCUCAAAGCGGCGCUCAAACCUCUUUCGAAAAUGGACUGCCGAACGUUUAUAGAAAGCUUGGAAAAAUCGGGAUCCGGUCUAAAUUAUGAAAGCCUAGUAAAUAUUGCUCUUCAUGAACCGAGAACGUUUGAGUGCCUCGUAGAAGUUGCCGAGCGAUACAACCAUGAAGUUAUCAAUAAGUCUAAUGGCGAGACAGUGGAUUCGAAUUCUCUCACUAAUUUACCUCGCUACUUUUAA